AUGGGGCGAAGAGAUGAUGGAGACAGGGAUCUGGUAGAAGUUGUAACACAGAGGAGAGGUGGAAAUAUAUUUUCACACCGACUUCUUCAGCACAAAAUAAGGUACCUUAACGCUGUGGUUUACCUUGAUAAAUAUAUUGGAAUAUUCAAGAUGAGUAGCAACAACAGCACCAGCAAUGUUGAAACUGGCUGCAAUUCCCCUAAUGUGACAUUUCAGAACUCACUGUAUGCAACCACCUAUAUUCUCAUAUUCAUCCCUGGUCUUCUCGCCAAUAGUGCAGCUUUGUGGGUUCUGGGCCGCUUCAUCAGCAAGAAAAAUAAAGCCAUCAUCUUUAUGAUCAAUCUCUCCGUGGCUGACCUUGCUCAUGUGCUCUCCUUACCCCUCCGGAUUUAUUAUUACAUCAGCCACCACUGGCCUUUCCAGAGAGUCCUUUGCCUGCUGUGCUUCUACCUGAAGUAUCUCAACAUGUAUGCCAGCAUCUGUUUCCUGACGUGCAUCAGCCUUCAGAGAUGUUUCUUUCUCCUCAGGCCCUUCAAAGCCAGAAACUGGAAGCGUAGGUAUGACGUGGGCAUCAGUGCUGCUAUCUGGGUCAGUGUGGGGACCGCCUGCUUGCCAUUUCCUAUCCUGAGAAAUGAAGACUUAGCCAACCACACAGAUUCCUGCUUUGCUGAUCUUGGUUACAAGCGAAUGGAUGAAGUGGCGUUGGUUGGAAUGGUGACAGUUGCUGAACUGACGGGAUUUGUCAUCCCAGUGGUUAUCAUUGCAUGGUGUACUUGGAAAACAACUAUAUCCCUGCGAAAGCCACCAGAGGCUUUCCAAGGAAUCAGUGAGAGGCAGAAAGCACUGCGAAUGGUUUUCAUGUGUGCUGCAGUCUUCUUCAUCUGCUUCACCCCCUAUCACAUUAAUUUUGUUUUUUACACCAUGGUAAAGGAAGAAAUCAUUAGAAGUUGCUUCAUUGCCCAAAGCACACUGUAUUUCCAUCCUUUUUGUUUAUGUCUUGCAAGUCUAUGUUGUCUUUUAGAUCCAAUUCUCUAUUACUUCAUGGCCUCAGAGUUUCGUGACCAACUAUCUCGCCGUAGUACUUCUGUGACUCGUUCCCGUCUCAUGAGUAAGGAGAGUGGUUCAUCAAUGAUUAGCUAA